CAGAAAACUGGUUGUCGUGUCGAGUCACCGAUCGCUUUGCCGUCGUUGGUGCGUUUGCAAGUCGGACGAAUAUUAUUAAACAACAAUUACCAAUGUUUUGGCUCACAAAAUCAUUGUUUGAACAAUAUUGAGUGCAGGUUCGGUGUGAUACAGUGUGACACAGUUUGACAUCGUGCCGUGUUAGUGUCCGGUCGUUCGGGGUGAUUGAACUUGGACCAAGAAGACUAAAGCCUUCGGGGCUUUCCUUCUGGAUUCUGACUUAUAAGAUUAAAAUAGUUACAAGUGUUUGUUAUUAAUGUUUUUCUUUAAAGUUGGUAGUGUCAUAUAACUUUUAUCAGUGUCGGACAUCGGUCACAACAUCGUGCAAGAUGCUUUCCUCAUCGCGGUGGAGGAGCGCGCGCGCCAGCGGCUUCAACGACUUUCGGCGCUCAAGCGUAUCACGCCCGUCGACAUGUCCAAGCUCUCUCUUGAAUUAAACAAAAAGAAACGCACGCAACCGGAGAACAGGCAAGAGUUGAACGGGUACAUAGCUAACUCCGCCGUCUACGUUACGUCGAUCAACGAAAAUGGUGCUAUAGAGAGCAAGCCAACAAUAUCCUCACCGAAAUCACAACCGAAGUCACUGCAAGCGAAACCGGCGCUAGUCAUAGCGAACGGUGUUGCAGAAACAAAAGAAGACCGAGAAGAGAACGAACCGGAGAAGCACGAGCAGGAUUCUAGUGAGAAGUUGAAGGUGACAGUGGAGUGUGAAGUGAGAGUGGAAAGUGAAGUGAGUGGGGAGAAGAGUGACGCGUUGAGUGUUGCUCGAGAGCACCUCAGCAACGGCCGCUGCGAGAAGCUGCUAGGCGAGCAGCCAGACAGGCCAAGGCCCUCUGCUGACAAACUCGCGCCCGGAGAGAAAGGGGCGCGACGACGCUCCGGCUCCAGCAUCGUGGUGCUGGGCGGCGAAGAGGAGAAGCGCCCGCCGCCGGAUGACGACCUCGAAAUGCUCACCAUGCUCUCGCUCACCUCCGACACCGGUCCGCACCGCGAGAUGCCGGUGGACGUGCCGGAGAACUUCAUAGCGCGCAGCAAGACCCCGCCCCGCUACCCGCCGCCGCGCCCUCCACAGGUACUCGCUCGUGCCUGCGACCACCAGCCGCUGCUCUCUAGCAAGCGUAGCGACGCGAGAGAUAGCGACGUCUCGGACACCUCAGACACCUCCCACACAUCACCGCCAGCCUCUGACGCCUCCGGCAGCUUCAAAAACACCACCAUUGAACUCCUCUCCCUCCCCCAAAGCGACAGCUCAAUCAGCUACAGCAGCAAACAGAGCAAAGCUUCCUCGGAGACGACAAAAUGCGAUCUCAUCUCCGAAUCAGAGUCAGUCGCAUCCAACACAACACAUAACCUAAGCGACCACAAGAUCCAACUUCUUAUAUCUAACGGACAAGAUUCCUUGAUAGAUUGUAGAGAAGGGGUGACGUACUCGGCUCGAACGGACUCUGUACUGAUCCGAGAGGCUGUUUACGCCUCGUACAAGCUGCCGCCGGGAUUUGACACGACCCCAGUGCUGUUGGGAAGGGAAGUUGCUGUCGACGUGCCCGAGAAUUUCGUUCAAAUCGUCAAAACGACGCCCAAGUACCCCGGUACCGUGGACAGAAAGAGUGUUCUGCAGCAGGUGAACGGUAAUGCGCGCGCCAUCGCCGCGGGGGCGGGAGUACCGGUGUUAGGGGCGGGUGCUCCGGCGGUGCCGCCCCGUGAGGCGACACGCGACGCCCCACCGCGACCGCCAGCGCUUGACGUCACCAGGGACCAAGUUGAAUCUAUCAGGAAAUAUCAGGAACAACUACGUCAACGUAAAGAGGCUGAGGAACGGAUCGCCGCACAAAAUGAGUUCCUUCGUACGUCACUGCGCGGCUCGCACAAACUGCAAGCUCUCGAGUCCACUCCUGGAGGCACUGCAUUUGUCAAUGAUGCCUACGAAGAGGAUAUUGAUGAAGUAUCACCAUUAUAUACUAUUAUCGAUUACGAAGAUGUGAUAGCGGCCCUCUCGCGGCUGCAGUCAGCACUCCAGGCGGCGGGAGCGGUGUGUGCGGGGGCAGCGCGGGGCGCGGCGGGCGCAGCGACGCUGCUGGCGGCGGCGGGAAGUCCCCUGCGCGCUGCGCUGCGCACGCGCUCCGCCGUGCUGCGCGUGCGACCAUUACCUCCACCUGUCGGCCGCGCGGGAGACAGGCUUAGAGAUUGUAUAGACUCGCUGCGUCCCCUGGCGGCGGGCGGUGAGAGCGCGGCGCUGGCGGCCGAGCUGCUGGCGGUGCUAGGCAGCCUAGAACUAGAGAGCCUGGCGCAGGCGCACGACCAGGCCGCAGUACUGCUCGACCCCGCCUGCUUCUCGCGCAGCAACAAACAUAAGACUGGAAACGUGGAUCACAAGAAUGGAGAGAAGUCGCUCGCGUCCGACGACACCAGCGAACAGAUCAAAAUCAUCAAAAUAGAGAAGACUAACGAACCACUCGGUGCUACAGUGAGGAACGAGGGUGAAGCGGUGAUCAUAGGCAGGAUAGUGCGCGGGGGCGCCGCGGAGAAGUCCGGAUUGUUGCACGAAGGAGACGAGCUACUUGAAGUGAACGGUGUAUCAAUGCGAGGCAAGUCAGUGCACGAGGUGUGCCAGGUGCUGGGCGCGCUCGCGGGCACGCUCACCGUCGUGCUGGCGGCGGCGGGCACGCGCAGCACGCAGCCCCAGCGCGCCGCGCACCGCGUGCUGCACGUGCGCGCGCACUUCGACUACGACCCUGAGGACGAUGUAUAUAUACCAUGUCGGGAAUUAGGCAUAAGUUUCCAGAAGGGCGACGUGCUGCACGUCAUCAGCCGCGACGACCCCAACUGGUGGCAGGCCUUCCGCGAGGGCGAGGAGGACCAGACCCUGGCCGGCCUCAUCCCCAGCCAGGCCUUCCAACACCAACGGGAGUCAAUGAAGUUAACUCUAGCGGGUGAGGCAGCAGCUCGGGACAAGCCACGCAAAGGUGGUACACUACUUUGUGCCAAGAAGCCACCGCGCAAGAAGAAGGCCAAAAAGGCCACCAGCGAAGCCGGAUACCCGCUCUACUCCACAGCAGCUGGAGAAGAGUACGAGCAGGAGGAGAUCCUGACGUACGAGGAGGUGGCGCUGUACUACCCGCGCGCCUCACACAAGCGGCCCAUAGUCCUCAUCGGGCCCCCCAACAUCGGCCGCCACGAGCUGCGCCAGCGCCUCAUGGAGGACGCCGCGCGCUUCGCCGCCGCAGUGCCGCACACGUCGCGACCGCGCAAAGAUCACGAGGUGCCGGGUCAGGACUACCACUUCAUCUCGCGCACGCAGUUCGAGGCUGAUAUAUUGAAUAGGAAGUUCGUCGAACAUGGAGAGUACGAGAAGGCGUACUACGGCACAUCUCUGGAGGCGAUCCGCGAGGUGGUGAGUUCCGGCAAGAUCUGUGUACUGAACCUGCACCCGCAGUCUCUGCGGCUGCUGCGCGCCUCCGACCUCAAGCCCUACACCGUCUUCGUCGCCCCGCCCUCGCUCGAGAAGCUCCGACAGAAGAAGAUACGCAACGGGGAGGCCUUUAAGGAGGAGGAACUAAAAGAAAUAAUAGCAACAGCGCGAGACAUGGAGCUGCGCUGGGGUCACCUGUUCGACAUGAUCAUCAUCAACAACGACACUCAGCGCGCCUACCAGCAGCUCCUCAACGAGAUCAACAGUCUGGAGCGCGAGCCGCAGUGGGUGCCCGCGCACUGGCUCAAGCAAACCUAGCGCCCGCACACUAGCGACACCACCGCUAUCGAUAACUACCAUACAGAGAAAUCGAUUAUACGAUUCGGUAUAUCGAUAUUUCGCAAGCUGUAUCGAACCGCACAGCGAAUGGUUUUACAUUUGCUCGCUUAUUUAAAUGGGCGCGAAACUCCGCCUGUCAGUAGUGAUGUGAUCAGUGAUCGGUGCGAACUCGAUGUAAUAAAGUUUAGUGAUGUGCUCCCAAAGCUACCUUGUUUGAUUAAAGGUAAACGUUUGGAUUUGGAAACCGGUUUGGCUGCGCGAUGCCAGUGAAAAACCGACGAACGAGUCGAUAUUUCGUGUGUAACGAUUAUUAUUCGAAAAUCGAAAUGAAUAUGCACGGAAAUGGCAUUUUAAUACCGAAAAAAAAUUUUUUUUCAUGAUAAAACAGAGU